AUGGAGUCCUCUUCCUCGUCAUACUUUCCCCGCACAAAGUCGUUACCAAACCCUAGUUUCAAACCUGUGGGAUAUUGCCCAAACGCUGGCUCUUCUUCUCCUUCAGAAUACAAGUAUGAAUCAUUGAAAGAGAUAUUAGGCUCUCCUAAAGGUCCCUUAAUCACAUGUAGUUGUGGAACUGAUGAUAUACCCAUUCGAAAUCGCCUCGUUCAAAAGGCUGCAUGGUCCUAUUUGCAGCCUGCCAUGCCAGCAAUCAACACCCCAUCUCACAACUGCUUCUUUUUGUUCCUGUGGGAUAGAUUGAAGCAUCCACUCAAGUUUGUCAACCAAAUCUUUGCAGCAGCUGGCGUUACACGCUACAAUUAG